CGCACAAAGCACAUGGGGGGAAUUGAUAUUUCAUGAUUUUUCAGUUACGUAGCUUCAAACAUGUCCAAAAUGAAAACUGUACUUCGAGGAGGAGCUAGUUUGGUGACUUAUCAACCAUUGUUCUCACCAGAUGGAAAGUAUCUGUUUUGUUGUUGCGGAGACACUGUGAAAGUAUUCAGCCUGGCGAGUGGAGAAUGUGUCCACAAUCUUACCAAGCACAAGCAGCUUGUCACCAGCAUCAAACUCCACCCAAGAAAUCCUCUCAAGAUCCUGACGUGUUCACUAGAUGGCUCUGUUAUCGAGUGGGACUACACUGAUGGAGUCGCUGUCAAGGUUCAUAAAGUUAAUUUCCCCAUCCAUGGAAUGUUGGUGCCUAGACAAAACAUUAUUCAAGGAAAGAAGGAGUUACAAAUUUAUGCAAUUAAACAAACACCUAAGCAAGGUUACCAAUUGGUCCAGUUGACCCUUCACCAUCACCAGAACACAGCCUCUAGUGCCAAAGCUAUUGUAGAUCAUGUGACUGGUUCUGAGAAGAUGAUUGGAUUAGGGUCUGACGAUGAAUACAUUGUGUCGUUGUUACCUAAAACAAUGAAAAUUUAUUCAUUCAAGACUCAACAAAAUGAAAAACACACAUUACCAUCAUCUGACCCAAAGCUCUAUGGUAAAUUCACAUGUGUUGCCUGCCACCCGCGUGAAUACUGCAUCGCCACAGGGUUAACCAGUGGGCGAAUCUGCCUAUGGUGGAACUUCGUCAAUUUAAAACAUGUGGUGACGACGUAUCAUCACUGGCAUUACCUGCCCGUCACAGAUCUCCGGUUCACACAAGAAGGUUCCUAUCUUUUGAGCGGUGGCCAUGAAUGUGUGUUGGUACGAUGGCAGAACAACAUGCAGCACAAGGACUUCAUGCCACGUCUGGGUGCACCAAUAAACCAUGUAACGUGUUCCCAUGACAACACAAUGUAUGUGACCUCGCACACAGACAAUGUGAUUCAAGUUAUGACACACACUUUAAAACGCGAACAGAACUUCCAAGGUCUUGCAAAGGGUCACCUCGGGCAUCCCACAAAAAAUCCCAUCCCAACUGGACUGUUGGUGGAUCCAAGAACCAAGGCGUUAGUACUAAACGGGAAACCAGGACAUUUACAGUUCUACCUGAUGCACUUGGAGAAGCAUUUGUAUAACUUAGAUAUAGUCGGCCAGAACUACAUCUCUCCGCCAGACCUCGAUAAGCCUAUUGUCGUGACGGAAGUUGAACAUGCCGCUUUUGAUCAGGAAGGCGACUGGUUGGUGACUGUUGAACGACGGGAUGAUGGAGAAACCGCCAUGGAAAUGAGGCUGAAGUUUUGGAUGUAUGACAAGAAAUCUCAAGGUUACAUUUUGAAUACAAAUGUUGAUCUGCCACACAAUCAGCCCAUCAACACGCUGAAACUUCGCCCAAAGUCAUUAGAAGAUGCUGCACCAAUGGCCGUUACAACAAGUGAUGACAGGAAAUUCAAAUUGUGGUGCUUAGUUGAUGACACAGAUAUAUACAGGAAAACCGUUUGCUGGAACUGUGAUUCGGUCGGUUACUAUCGAGACUAUCCUGCCCGGGCCGCAGAUUUCUCCAAAGAUGGAUCAUUGCUUGCGGUCUCUUUCAAAUUGACGUUAACCCUCUGGGACCCAGAUUCAAAUGCCCUGCGAACGAGAUUGGAUUGCUUGACAGGGACUGCAAUCAAGCAUGUCUUAUUCGGUCAAGAGGAAUCCUCGCACCUCUUGGUGGCAACAACUGAAACUAACUUGAUUGUUUGGAAUAUUUUGACUUGCACAGUGUAUUGGAGCAUUCCUCUUUCCAUCUCAGUCCUGAUUUGUAAUCCUGGAACUGAUUACAUGGCUGCAUUUACCAAGGAAAAGACAUUAUUUGUGUUCAGACCCCAACAUUCUAGUCCAGACUACACUCAGCAAGCCAUAUCCAAGCAUCCAGUCGUUCAUGCUGUUUUCCUCCCAAGAGAGAAACCUGUCGAGUCGGACAUCACCUGGCACCAGCAGACACAACUCUACUUCCUAGAUAAGAAACAGUCGUUAUUGUCUCUAAUAACUGAAGAAGAAGAAGCAUUAGCAUUGCCAGACAAAGUGGUUCCUAUGCAACAGAACUUGCCCCAGACGCCGUAUAGCCUGCUCAUGUCUCGUGAACGGAAAACUGGUGUGGAGGAAGUAGAGAGUAACGUUAUAAUGGGGACGAAGGGCGAGCCAGGUGCCGUGAUUCUCAACCAGCUUCUUCAUACACCGGCACAUGUGCUGCCACCUAUCAACACAUUAUGUAAGGACUUUGUGACAGCGCUGUUGAUAAGCAAGUCAGGGAGUAGGAAACCAAUACUGCAAGGCCAAGAUGAUGAUUCUAGUGAGAGUGAUCUUGAGGAAAGUGAUGAUUCAGACAUGGACACUGAAACAGUCAGCCAAACAAAGGAGACCUAUACACAAGAGACAGCUGUUGACUCGUCACAAACUGAUGCGGCGCAAUUAGAGACAGACAAAUUGUCAUAUUUUUUACCGAAUGAGUUCAGUUGGAUGAAAUCAGUCUUUUCAUGUUGAUGUGUAGUAAUAUGUCUUUCCUACAAUAAAAAUAUAUAAAUCCUUUUAAAAUGACUCAACCGCUCUCUGGCACAUCAAAGAGAGUUGCUGGUAAUUGGCCAAUAGCCUGAAUAGGUGUUGCACACUGGCCACCUAUCGGAUCUUAUACAUACAAAGGUAUAUAACAGAAGUUGGCUGUUGAUUUUCAAACAUGAAAAUUGUUAUUGCAUUAAAUCUGUCCGUGCAUACAAACAGUCCAAUUUGUGUAAUUUAUGAUUGAAACAGAUAACUCCUCAGCAAUAUUAUGUUGUUAAAACACUAAAACUCGUUCCUAGCCGUAGAUUGUGCUACGACCAAAUUCUGUUGUGGAAAAACAAAAAUGAUAUUGGCAGUGGCCACUUUAGUGCCACCACGUGGAGCCUAAUGGUAAUAAUUCGGCAUGUCUACAGUGUAUGUAGGAAUAGGAAGCCCAGAUGGAGAAGGGGUCCAAUAAGUUUUUAGGGUGUCUUCCUUGCCGAGAUGGUCCGCUGAUGUAGGUCUACCAUAAAUGUAACGUCAUCAACGAUAUAAUAAAUAAUAAUUUCAUCUUGCCAACAGCA